AUGAAUGAUGACAGCCAGGAUGUGGAGUUGCUGCAGCAGAUUGAGAGGGAGGUGCGGAUGCGUGAGGGGGCCAGUAAGCUGCUGGGAGCUUGUUCCCAGAGAGAGCAGGCCCUGGAGGCCUCCAAGAGUCUGCUCACCUGCAAUGCUCGCAUCCUGGCCCUGCUGAGCCAACUGCAGAAGAGGAGGAAAGCGCAAAUCCUGCAGAGAGUGGGAUGCAGACCAUCUGAAGAUGUAGAGCCAUGUACAGGAAAAGUAGCACUUUCAGACCUGCGCAUCCCUCUCAUGUGGAAAGACUCCGAGUACUUCAAAAACAAAGGAGAGCUCCAUCGCUGUGCUGUGUUCUGCCUCCUCCAGUGUGGGACAGAGAUCCACGACACCGACCUGGUGAUGGUCGACAGGACUUUAACUGACAUCUGCUUUGAAGACACGAUCAUAUUCAGCAACGUGGCUCCAGGGUUCCAGCUUCGUGUCGAGCUCUACAGCAGCUGUGUGGUGGAGGAUUUCUCCCCGGCACCUCUGGGAUCCAGGAAAGUGAGCCUCCUUGGAGGCUCUCUGGGACGCUCCUCUGGGAAAAAGAUCCGUGCUGCCUUUGAGUCUGCAGCUUUUUGUGGAUCCGUUUCCACUGGAGGAGGUGGAAGACCUGGAAGCAUGUCACCGCCUUUAUCACCCGACCUAUCUGCACUGGGGGCCAAGUAUAACCUGCUGGCUCACACAACGCUGAGAAUUGAACACGUCCAGGAAGGUUUCAAGACACAUGAUUUGUCACUUUCAGCAACAGAGGACAGUCCGUUCUGGUUGCCUCUGUACGGAAACAUGUGCUGCCGCUUAGCUGCUCAGCCUCAGUGUAUGACUGAAACAGUGAUCAGUGGACAAAUCAGGAUCAAGCUUGAAGAGGACUUUAAUUAUUGGGAGAAUGUCUAUGGCGUCCUCAGGAGGCAAACUCUUCUCUGUUAUCAGAGUGAAGAAGACCUGGACUCUGAGGAGGAGCCGUUGCUUGUGAUCCCCAUCAAAAAGGAUACUCUUGUCUGUGUGUCUGAGAGCGAUGCCGUCCAGUGCCAGAGUAUAGACAUCAGUAUGCAGCGUCACGGAGAUGAUGUAACCUACACACUCACCACGCACACACCUGAAGACACACAGCGCUGGGAGGAGGCCCUGCGGCAGCACGUCUAUAACAUGAGUCAGUGGAAACAGUGUUGUGAUAACCUGAUGAAGAUCGAAACGCCGAGCUGCAGGAAAUCCAUCUCAGUGAAGCAGGGAUCUCUAUACCAUGAAAUAGUAACACCCUCCCUUCCCAUGGAGGGACCUGCAGUUCCAGAUUUAUCUAUUGAGAUCCGUACUUUGCUGUCUUCUUACUACAAGGAAAGUUAUUGAUGACCCCGCCACAGUUAGACUGGAGACGUGAGACACUGUUCUUAUUCUGUCCACUUGUGCCGGGUCAAGGAAACCGACAUGGACGUGAUGAAUGUUUCAAAACCCACGAGAGGACACCACUCACUGUACCAUACUGACUGUUUUUAUUCUUCUCUUCAAAUGUUUAUCCAACCAGCAUUAUUAGUUAAAAAAUAAAAAUAAAUACAAAUUGUACAAUGUUAGCCAGUGUUGUACAAGACAUGUCUGUGUUAAGAGACAGCAUUUACCAAGUGGCUUCUAAAAACGAUUCUCUUUAUCUUAAUCACUUCAUGUUAUGUGAACCAUAGCCCAGUGUUUGAAAGAAAUCAAUAGGCUAGUCUGUCACUAAUGUGAGAUUCACAAAAACUAGGAGUAAUGUAAAUGUAUUAUAACAAAUGACUGACGGAUGGUUUAAUAGAGGGGCAGCAACUAAGUGACAACUAAAUCCAACUAUUUUAUAUUUUCAGCUCCUCUUAUUGUAAUGCAGUAACACAAAUGGACACUUUCAUUUAUGCCAAAUGAGCUGUUAGCUAUUUCUUCCUCAGAAUUCUCACCCUGAAACCACAAAAGCGGUCUGGCUUGCUUGCAGGUAUCUGCUGAGUCAGAAGCCAAACAGUCCCACAGGAAAACCUUGUUUAGCGUAAGUUGACAGCACCCCUCAAGGUAACCACCGGUGACUUUAUGGGCAUG